AUUUUAAGCUAAGUAAUUCAGAAAAAUCUUAAGACACUUGAAUAGAAAAUUUGGUCCUUACAGUAUAUACAUGUAACUCCUUAAAUCUCUAAUGAGAAGUAGGACCGCGCUGGUUACUUCAGCGUAAAUACUUCGUUUGUGUACAAUUCGUCCGCCAAAGCUAAGUCAAUCAGCACUGGAGGUCUGCACUGUCAGCGUGGUCGGUGUCACUCCACUGUCACCCUGAUACGGCUAAAUUAAAACCAAUCACAUAUCUGUAGAAAAUGUAAAAGUCAGAGCGUUUAAUAUAACAAAACAAAGCUUUAAACGUACCGGCAAACACAAGGGCAGUCUACUUCCCUUGCCUUUAUUAUAGAGUCCAGUGUAGCACCCGGUGCGACAUAUGGGAGUCUUGAGUUUUGUCGGGCCUUGAGGGUGAAAUUUAUUUUUUAAAGACCUCGUUCUAACACAUAAGAGCUUUUAAAAUUGUGCUUUUAAAAAGUUCUAUAGUUCUCUGAAGCUUCAGCUGCAGAGAUGGCAGACAGUGCAGGGCUACAGUUUGUCAGCGCCUUCGCAUUUGAAGCCAUGCAGAAGGUUGAUGUGGUGCGUUUGGCUGCAUUAAGUGACCCAGAGCUGAGGCUGCUGCUGCCCUGUCUGGUAAGGAUGGCUCUUUGUGCUCCAGCUGACCAGAGCCAGUCCUGGGCUCAGGACAAGAAGCUCAUUCUCCGCCUGCUGUCAGGAGUUGAGGCUGUCAACUCUAUUGUAGCCCUCCUGUCUGUCGACUUUCAUGCCUUGGAACAGGAUGCACGGAAGGAGCAGCAACUGAGACACAAGGUUGGUGGCUCUAACGGGGAAAGCAUUUUGGUGUCGCAGUUACAGCAUGGACUCACUUUGGAGUUCGAACACAGCGACCCACUUAGAAGACUGCGUCUGACUCUUGGUGAACUGCUGGUUAUCAUGAAUAAGGUGGCAGACUCAAAUGGAGAGUUUUUCUUAAAGUCCUCUGAACUAUUUGAAAGUCCUGUUUACUUGGAAGAGGUUGCAGAUGUCCUCUGUAUUUUACAAGCAGAGCUGCCCUCGCUGCUGCCCAUAGUGGAUGUGGCUGAGGCUCUGCUCCACGUACGCAAUGGUGAUUGGUUUCUGUGUCUGCUUGUGGCCAAUGUCCCUGACAGCUUCAAUGAAGUGUGCAGAGGAUUGAUAAAGAACGGAGAACGUCAAGAUGAGGAGAGUCUCGGUGGUCGACGCAGAACUGAAGCCCUGAGGCAGCUGUGUCACAUGAACCCCUCACAGGCCCUCAACAUCAGAGCUAUGGCGGUGGAGGAGUGCCAUCUGCCCGGCCUGGGAGUCGCUCUGACUUUAGACUACAAACCAGACGCAGCAGAUGAAGCAGUCAGUCCUCUGGUCUCCUAUGUGAGUGGCCUACUGCUGGGUACCAACAGCAAAGUGCGUACGUGGUUCAGCAUGUUCAUUCGCAAUGGACAGCAGAGAAAGAGAGAGAGCAGCUCAGUGCUGUGGCAGAUGCGUAGACAGCUGCUUUUGGAGCUGGUCGCCAUCCUGCCACGCUCACGAGGCACACACAUGUCCACUGACGGAGAGGAGGGCGGCGCAGGCUACUCUGGCCUGAGAGAGGAGCAUGUGGUGAAGGCCAGCGCUUUGCUGCGACUGUACUGUGCUCUGAUGGGUAUUGCAGGUCUCAGACCAACAGAUGAGGAGUCGGAGCAGCUGCUACAGCUGAUGACCAGUCGGCCUCCAGCUACUCCUGCAGGCGUUCGAUUCGUCUCUCUGUCUUUCUGCAAGCUGCUUGCCUUCCCCACUCUAGUCAGCACUCCAGAGCAGGAGCAGCUGAUGGUCAUGUGGCUCAGCUGGAUGAUCAAAGAAGAGGAAUAUUUUGAGAGUGCUGCAGGCGUAUCCGCUUCUUUCGGAGAGAUGCUGUUACUGGUUGCCAUGUAUUUCCAUAGCAACCAGCUUAGCUCCAUUAUUGAGUUGGUGUGCUCUACUUUGGGGAUGAAGAUUGCCAUCAAGCCGAGCUCUCUAAGUAAAAUGAAGACUAUCUUCACUCAAGAAAUCUUCACAGAGCAGGUUGUCACAGCUCAUGCGGUUCGAGUUGCAGUGACGAAUAACUUAAGUGCCAACAUCACAGGAUUCCUCCCGAUUCACUGUAUCUACCAGCUGCUUCGCAGCCGUGCCUUCACGAAGCACAAAGUCUCAAUCAAGGACUGGAUAUAUCGCCAACUCUGUGAGACAACCACACCCAUGCACACCCAGCUGAUCCCUCUGAUCGACGCCUAUAUCAACUCCAUCCUCACUCCAGCAUCCAAAGCCAACCCAGAGGCCACGAACCAGCCCAUCACCGAGCUGGAGAUCCUCACCGUCUUCCAGAGCGCUGCAUGGCCAGGCGAUGGUGUGCGAGGAGGUCGACAGCGAUAUUCCAUCACCACCCAACUGCUUAUCCUCUAUUACAUCUUAUCUUAUGAGGAGAACCUGUUGGCCAGCACCAAACAGCUAGCCCUGAUGCAGAAGAAGCCAAAGUCCUACUCUGCAGCCUUGAUGGACCAAAUCCCCAUCAAGUACUUGGUAACCCAGGCCCAGGGACUGCAGCAGGAGCUGGGGGGCCUGCACUCUGCCCUGUUAAGGCUGCUGGCCACAAACUACCCCCACCUAAGUCAGGUGGAGGACUGGGUGUGUGAGGAGGAGGUGACAGGUACUCUUCCCCUGCUGCAGAAAAUGAUGCUGCCCAGCAACACCUGCAGAUACACACAGAGCCAACUCCACCAGGCCUUCCAGAAGCUGCCAUCCAGCAGUCCCAGGCUGAUGCGGGUCCUGGAACACUUGACACUGCUGUCACCUGGAGACCUGAUACCUUAUGCUGAAGCCCUCACAGCCAGCAUGGCCCUAUUAUUGGAGCCCGCUGUGCCACGUCGUAUAUUACAGACCCUCAACAAGCUGUGGAUGGGCCUCAACUCUGUGAUGCCUCGAAGACUGUGGGUCAUGACCGUAAAUGCCCUCCAGCCCUCGGCUAAGCUCCUUAGGCAGCAGAGAUACACUCAGAACGACCUGAUGGUGGAUCCUCUCAUUGUGCUACGCUGUGAUCAGAGUGUGUACAGGUGUCCUCCUUUAAUGGACAUUGUCCUCCACAUGCUGAAUGGUUACCUGCUGGCCUCAAAAGCCUACCUACACUGCCACCUGAAGGAGACGGCAGACUUUGAUCGGCAGAACCAAACAGUGUCCAGCCUUGGAGUUCCUGGACAGCCUGAAACACCUGAGGUCACCAGAGAGGAGCUGAAAAAUGCACUUCUGGCUGCACAGGACAGUGCAGCAGUCCAGAUUCUUCUGGAGGUGUGUCUGCCAACUUCAGAGGAGCAGCUGCUGGGGGCUGACACAGAGAGCCUGUUGAAAAGCAUUAGAGGGUCCGUGCCAGGGAAAAUGAAACAAGGGAGCCUGGUGUCGAGAGGCGGCGGAGGCGUGGAGGACGCUGAGCCAGAGGGAGGUCUGCUCAGUGACCUGAGGGAGGUGCAGUGCCUCAUCUGUUGUCUUCUUCAUCAGAUGUUCAUCGCUGACCCCAACAUUGCCAAGUUGGUUCACUUUCAGGGUUACCCUCAAGCUCUGCUGCCUUUAACUGUGGCAGGCAUUCCCUCCAUUCAUAUCUGUUUGGACUUCAUCCCAGAGCUGCUGGCCCAGCCCCAGCUGGAAAAGCAGAUCUUUGCAAUCCAACUGUUAUCGUACCUCUGCACCCAGUAUGCUCUCCCCAAAUCCCUCAGUGUGGCCAGGUUGGCCAUCAGUGUCAUGGGAACACUGCUCACAGUGCUGACGCACGCAAAGCGCUACUCCUUCUUCAUGCCCACGCUGCCCUGCCUGGUGGCCUUCUGUCAAGCCUUCCCUCCACUCUACGAUGAAGUGACCGCUCUGUUGGUUCAAGUGGGCCAAGUUUGUGCUUCUGAUGUGGCCACCAAGGCCAGAGACAUCGACCCACUCAUCGCCCGUCUACAGAAUCUGAAAGAGAAACCUCAGGGAGCUCUGGUCCAAGGAGCAUCAUCAAAGCUGACCUUACCUCAGAGGACAGCAGAAGAACUGGGUGGAGCAGACAUCGACGUUCAGCUCUGCUACUGUGUAGAAGCCACAUUCAUGGACAUCAUCAGCUCCACCCUCCACAGACUAUAGGCAGCCACAUGGUGUAGAAGGAGCGGAGGCACUGGGCUUUAACCACCAGGGUUAGACACCGCCUGUCAAAGACACUGAUGUCAACACACAUCCUUCACUCUGGACAAAUGCUCCUGGACUGACGUCGUCUUGUCAAGGACUUUCAUCUCGAUGGGACGUUCACCUCUCUUUUCUGAGUCAAAUUGUUUCAAAGUGAUUUGAAAAUGUGUUUGUUUGUAAUGGAUAUUAUUUGGGUCCAUUUUAACGACACCAUCUGUCCUAUUUUUCUACCUUGUCAUCACUUUUUGUAAUUGAAAAUGUUACUGUUGUCUUUAAAUAUGUAGAGCUUUUUCACUGUAAUGUUUGUAAUAAAACAGAAAAAAUAAUCCCUGAAAUGAUGCCAAUGUUGUCACCAAAUAAACAAUUACUGACUUAA